AACGCAAAACGAACAUGGCGCGCAGAAGAACGUGUGUUCUGUUCCUAGCCUGUGGAUUAUUCUUUUCGUCGACUUUCUUCUUUUUACUCGGCACGAAGGCCUGGCAGAAUCACCGCUACGUUUCAUUUCAACCAGGUCUGAACAUGAGGACGCCGACAAAGGCAGUUUCGUCUGAAAACAGAGCCAACUCACUGAGAACACACGAGACUCCGGCAGUGAAUAUCGCUACAUCACAAGUUGAACUGAUAAGAAGGUGGAUUACGUCGUUCUUCAACCUGGACACAGACCUCACCGUUAUCAAGUCCCAAGUCCAAAUUGGCCAAACGAUCCAGUACGAAGCUUCUCGAAAUAAAAGCACCAACAUCACUGAAAAUUUCUUCCGUCUGAUUCCGGAAUCGUCGCCUCUCCUGGGCAGGCACUUCCGGUCCUGUGCAGUCGUGGGGAAUUCUGGGAUCCUCCUGGGCAGCCGCUGUGGUCCUCAGAUCGACUCUGCAGACUUCGUGUUCAGAUGUAACCUUCCCGCUAUCGAGGGGUUCGAGGAGGACGUGGGGACGAAAGCUAACUUCACCACCAUGAAUCCGUCCGUACUUCCACACGAUUAUGACGGAUACAUCAAUACUACCAGCGUACAGGACAGGUUUGUGAAACGAUUGCGUCUUCUCCACGACCAGAUUCUCCACAUCCCAGCUUUCGUAACAGUGAACGGACGUGAACACGUGGAGUUUGCCAACAGAAUGAUACUGGAACAUCACCUGCCAAUGAAGCUUUCGUAUGCACCAAGUGAUGCCAAUAAGAAGAUGAAAAUGUUGUGGGGGUCUUCAGAAUUCCAUACCAAGCGGCCUUCAACAGGGAACAUCUUGUACGUUCUGGCGACCUGUCUCUGCGACCAGGUACAUUUGUACGGAUUCUACCCGUUUGACAAGGAUGAAAAGGGGCGAGAUAUAAAGUACCAUUACUUUGGUGAAUUAAAAAACAGUACUCGCAACCACAACAUGACUGAAGAGUACCGGGCGUUUCAGAGGCUCCACCAGCGGAAAGCUCUGGUACUGCACACAGAGCCUUGUGAUAAUGUCAAGCUCUAAACAAUAAUCAGUCGUCAAUGUUUAGAUACUAUACAGCCACAUUUUUACAUCCAUUGUACAAUUACUGAUUGUUUACGCCCUAGAGAACCAUAGCCGCGGUAUAGCAUCUUGUUUAGUACUUAGUUCACAUCAGAAAAUUGUCUAUUGAAACAACAAUAGUACUACCGUGGCUAAAAUCCCGAAAAAGGAAAAUAAUAUGUGUGUUAUAAUUAGCGUUAAUAGUCAUAGUACUAACAUAGUACUGACCAAAGCGUGCAGGUAACAUUUAACCUUAAGCCAGAACGAUUCUAAUGUGUUGUGAAUAA